AUGUACAAGGAGGUCAUGGAUCCUACUGUUAAUGGGAAAGAGAACCAUGGUCAAGAGGCAGUGCAUGAGGAGAAUACCAAGUCCUGUGAACAUGAAUAUGGAAGUUACUGCCUCUGGUCUACUGAACAUAGGGAAGUAAUGAAGGAUGCCAUUGUCAAGAGGCUUAAUGAUCAACCUUUUAUGGAAAGAGCUCAUUAUCCUAGUGUUGCAAAAUUGAAGCAACAGGAAAGAUUUACAUGUGAACUGAAGCAAAACAUCCAAGAGCUUGAACGCAUGCUGAGUGACACCAUCACAGAUGCUGAUCUUCCACCAUUGUUAGUCUCGUCUUAG